CUAACCAGCCAUUUUUGUGUGUCAAGAAGAUGGUGGCUUCCUGGAAGGCAUGAGAGGGCUUAGCUUCUCCCAACCAAACCAAAAUCACUGGGGUUAAUUUCACAAAGUCCAACCCUCGAGAUAUUUUGCUAAAAUACGAGGCAAAAGAGUAAGUACCUUGCGCUGUGGCAACUACACGUUUUGUCAUUUUACGCCUUUUUGUUACGGAAAACGUUACGUCCGCCAUUUUUCUUGAGGGAGAAGUAGUCCGCAAGAUGGCUGCUUCCAUCGAAAGAGCAUGAAUAGAACAUAUUUUAAGCCUUGGCUUCAUUCCGGCAUGCAGUCAGUGCUUACUAAUGUGUCGAUGCCAUUAAAUCGCUGACCAUAUCACACAAAUAUAAAACUGCUCUUUUGCACGACGACUAUAUGUAUCACUGAACCCUUAUACUGUUAACUGGCUAUGUGAUGCUAGCGAGUAGCACUUUGUAACAGCUUAGUUAGCUUGAAUUGUUGUUUUUCACCAUUUCUUAAAGAUUGGUAGAUGGUUAGUAACGAUCGUAGCAGGAACGAUCGUAGAUUUAUGGUAUUGCUUGGUAGUAUAUGACGACACUUUACAUUGGGAAAAUGUAUGCUAGCUAGGUAUCUUUGUACAACAGGGAGACCGCCCACUGUUAUCUAAGCCCUCUUGCUCUGAGAGGAGGGGAUUGUGUGUUGUGGAUUGUUUGGCAAUAUGGCGACUCCCAGACAGGCAUGAAAAUCGCCUUCUGCGGCAGCUAGCUAGGCGCCUAGUAAAACUGAGUGGGUUGUUUUGGGAGCUGAGUGCGCUGUAAACCCUUCACAUCACAUAACCGCCAGUUGUCACUCUUAUUUGCCAUUUCAGUACGUGGCCGGUACGGUUUUUAAACAUCGGUGUACAGAUGAAACCACGAAAGAUUUUGAAUUUUUUUACAUCAUUUAGCUCCGCCAUUUUUUAGCCUGGCGCAGGUUUGUUUGGUUGUUACAAGAUGGCGGCUCCCAUGGAGUGGCACUGCUUUGCUUCUGGUGGGCUCUAACUGAAUGGUAAAAUGAUUCGGCUGCUUUUUUGAAUACAAGGAAAAACAUUGACUUGGCUGACCGAUAGUGGCACCAGAUGCUUAUGAUUCUAUCUGCCAAUGAGCCUGGAUUUUACUUCUUCACUAGCCGGCUUUUUCUCUCUCUUGCAAAGCGUCUGCUGCUGAAUAAAAUGGCGGCUUCCAUGGAUUUUACAUAUUCCUGAAUGGGAUUGGACGUAUUGAUAUUUACCACAUCAAGAUAGUACGCUGCACUGUUAUGCACAAAAACACCUUUAGCUACCUACCGUUUUGUUUUUGCAUGGAGUAAAAGCGACAGCUACAUUUGAUCUUAUUUUCUCCGGUUUUGUUGGUUCGCUACAGUGAAAUUUGCUUCUCUGGCUAGAUUGCUAAACUAGCUAACGGUAUCAUUCUCCUAAACGUCUGCUAUUUGAAACCUUUUAGCACCGGAGUUGUUUUCUUUUUUUAAGCCGAAAUGUCUUCACCUGGUUCCACGGUGUCUGGGACCACUGGCUCGGUUCUGCAACCACGGUGGAAGCGGGUGUUGGGCUGGUCUGGCCCCGUCCCUCGACCCCGACACGGCCACAGAGCUGUCGCUAUUAAGGAGCUGAUGGUUGUUUUCGGGGGAGGCAAUGAAGGGAUUGUGGACGAGCUUCACGUCUAUAACACAGCCACAAACCAGUGGUUCAUACCAGCAGUGCGUGGUGACAUUCCACCAGGUUGUGCUGCGUAUGGAUUUGUGUGUGAUGGAACGCGGCUGCUGGUGUUUGGGGGCAUGGUGGAAUAUGGCAAGUACAGCAACGAUCUCUAUGAGCUACAGGCCAGUCGCUGGGAGUGGAAAAAAUUGAAGCCUAAAGCACCCAAAAACGGCCCCCCUCCAUGCCCCCGUCUUGGACACAGCUUCUCACUGGUGGGAAACAAGUGCUACCUUUUUGGUGGGCUGGCCAAUGACAGUGAGGAUCCCAAAAACAACAUUCCCAGGUAUCUGAACGACCUGUAUAUUCUGGAGCUGCGUCCAGGCUCUAACGUGGCCGGUUGGGACAUUCCCAUCACCUACGGCGUGUUGCCGCCUCCACGCGAGAGCCACACUGCAGUGGUCUACACAGACAGAAGCAACAAGAAGUCCCGAUUGGUCAUCUAUGGCGGCAUGAGCGGCUGUCGCCUGGGGGACCUUUGGACCCUUGACAUAGACACGCUCACCUGGAACAAGCCCUCGGUGAAUGGUACAGCUCCCCUGCCCCGCAGCUUGCACUCCGCCACCACCAUCACCAACAAGAUGUAUGUGUUUGGGGGCUGGGUGCCUCUGGUCAUGGAUGAUGUAAAAGUGGCCACACAUGAAAAGGAGUGGAAGUGCACUAACACACUGGCCUGCCUGAAUUUGGACUCUAUGUGCUGGGAGACUGUUUUGAUGGACACUCUUGAGGACAACAUUCCAAGGGCCCGCGCAGGACACUGUUCUGUCGCUAUCAACUCCCGGCUGUAUGUGUGGAGUGGUCGCGAUGGCUACCGCAAGGCCUGGAACAACCAGGUCUGCUGCAAAGACCUCUGGUACUUGGAGACUGAGAAGCCCCCGGCGCCAUCGCGUGUGCAGCUUGUCCGCGCCAACACCAACUCCCUGGAGGUGAGCUGGGGCCCCGUGUCCACGGCCGACACCUACCUGCUGCAGCUGCAGAAGUACGACAUCCCAGCUGCCACGGCCGCCACGUCACCAACCCUCACCCCGACGCCAUCUCUGCCCAGUAACUCCCCCAAGAGUCCCGCGCCGGCCGCUGCUGCUCCCUCCACGCAGAACCUCCCGCUCACCGGCAUUACGCUCGUGCCUCAGGUGGCUUCACCCACGAGCUCCAUGCCGGGCAGCCCCUUGGCCGCCUCCACGGCCCGUGGCCCCGCCAUCCUGAAGGUUGCGGCACCCCACUCCAGUGCCGGAACUUCUAUUGUCACUGUGCGACCUGCCAGUCAGGCUGGUAAAUCUCCUGUCACUGUGACAUCGCUCCCCGCUAGUGUCCGCAUGGUCGUCCCUGCACAGAGCACUCAAGGAACGCCAAUUGGGAGCAGUCCCCAGAUGAGUGGCAUGGCUGCCCUCGCCGCAGCGGCGGCUGCCACCCAGAAAAUCCCACCCUCCUCGGCGCCCACCAUGCUUAAUGUGCCAGCCGGCACCACCAUUGUCAAAACGGUGGCGAUGACCCCAGGUUCUACCACACUGCCAGCCACGGUCAAAGUGGCUUCACCUGUCAUGGUGAGCAACCCCGCUACCCGGAUGCUGAAGACCGCCGCGGCUCAGGUUGGCACCUCUGCCGUCGCCACGCCCAACACACCCACGCGCCCAAUAAUCACCGUUCACAAAUCCGGAACUGUCACCGUCGCCCAGCAAGCCCAGGUCGUCACCACUGUGGUGGGUGGUGUCACCAAGACCAUCACUCUGGUGAAGAGUCCUCUCACCAUGGGAGGAGGUGGGACUCUGAUCUCUAAUAUUGGAAAAGUAAUGUCCAUGGUGCAGUCAAAGCCAGUGCAGACCUCAGCUGUGACUGGUCAGGCUUCCACCAGCCCCGUCACCCAGAUCAUUCAGACAAAGGGCCCUUUACCAGCCGGAACCAUCCUCAAGCUGGUGACCUCAGCAGAUGGCAAGCCCACCACCAUCAUCACCACCACGCAGGCCGGUGGUACUGGGAGCAAGCCCACCAUCCUGGGGAUCAGCAGCGUGUCCCCCACUACCACCAGCAAGCCAGGCACCACCACCAUCAUUAAGACCAUUCCUAUGUCGGCCAUCAUGACCCAACCAGGUGCGACAGCGGGAGUGACUAGCAGCACUGGGAUCAAGUCGCCCAUCACGAUUAUCACCACCAAGAUGAUGACUGCCGGCACUGGGACUCCUGGCAAGAUCAUCACUGCCAUGCCGAAGCUGGGAACCGGGCCUGGUCAGCAAGGGGUAACGCAGGUGGUUUUGAAGGGUCAUCCAGGGCAGCCAGGCACUAUUCUUCGAACUGUGCCGAUGGGCGGGGUCCGUCUUGUAACCCCUGUAACAGUAUCAGCUGUCAAGCCAACCGUAACCACACUUGUCGUCAAGGGAACGACUGGUGUGACAACUCUCGGGACAGUGACAGGCACGGUUUCCACUUCCCUAGCAGGCGGCAGUGUCGCUAGUGCCAAUUCAUCCCUUGCCACACCCAUCACCACCCUAGGCACUAUUGCCACGCUGUCCAGCCAGGUCAUUAAUCCGGCUGCCAUCACUGUGUCCGCCGCCCAGACCAGCUUGACCUCAGCGACCCCACUGUCCACCCCAACCAUCACCAUGCAGUCAGUGAAUCAGCCGACCCAGGUAACCUUGAUAACUACACCUAGUGGGGUGGAGGCUCAGCCUGUGCAGGAGCUGCCUGUCUCCAUCCUGGCUUCCCCCACCUCUGAGCAGCCCAUUGCUGCUGAAGCUGGGGCGGACAUGCCUGGUACCGUUACCUUGGUCUGUUCCAACCCCCCCUGUGAGACCCACGAGACAGGAACCACCAACACGGCCACCACUGCUUCUGCCAGCAUGGGUGGGGUCCAGCAGGUGUGCUCCAACCCCCCCUGUGAGACCCACGAGACAGGAACCACCAACACGGCCACCACUGCUUCUGCCAGCAUGGGUGGGGUCCAGCAGGUGUGCUCCAACCCCCCCUGUGAGACCCACGAGACAGGAACCACCAACACGGCCACCACUGCUUCUGCCAGCAUGGGUGGGGUCCAGCAGGUGUGCUCCAACCCCCCCUGUGAGACCCACGAGACAGGAACCACCAACACGGCCACCACUGCUUCUGCCAGCAUGGGUGGGGUUCAGCAGGUGUGCUCCAACCCCCCUUCAGAGACCCAUGAAACAGGAACCACCAACACCGCAACCACAGCCAGUUCCAACAUGGGCUCUGACAAGAUGGGUACUGUCCAGAGUCAGUCGGGGUCCCAGUGUCCCCCUGCCGAUGCAGCAUCUCCUCAGACCUCCACUUCUGAAGCUGGCACUGGCUCUGGUGUUUUGCACCCAGAGAAUCUGCGUACUGGCACCACAAACACUUCCACCACGGCGCAUGCCAACAUGGGCUCUGACCAGACAGGCACCGUGCAGAGCUCUCAGUCUUCUCUGGAGAACCGCAGGUCCAUCAGCAGUGCCUCAUGUCCCAUCUCACAGACGCCCUCUGAGAAAGAGCAAGAAGUUUGUUCCAAUCCCCCUUGUGAGACUCAUGAAACGGGCACCACCAACACUACCACCCAGGAAGCUUCUAGCAUGGGUAGCGGCCAGACAGUGCAGAGGGUGUGCUCCAACCCCCCCUGUGAGACCCACGAGACAGGCACCACCAGUACGGCCACCACUGCUUCUGCCAGCAUGGGUGCCAACCAGACUGGCACGGUGCAGAGGGUGUGCUCCAACCCCCCCUGUGAGACCCACGAGACAGGCACCACCAGUACGGCCACCACUGCUUCUGCCAGCAUGGGUGCCAACCAGACUGGCACGGUGCAGAGGGUGUGCUCCAACCCCCCCUGUGAGACCCACGAGACAGGCACCACCAGUACGGCCACCACUGCUUCUGCCAGCAUGGGUGCCAACCAGACUGGCACGGUGCAGAGGGUGUGCUCCAACCCCCCCUGUGAGACCCACGAGACAGGCACCACCAGUACGGCCACCACUGCUUCUGCCAGCAUGGGUGCCAACCAGACUGGCACGGUGCAGAGGGUGUGCUCCAACCCCCCCUGUGAGACCCACGAGACAGGCACCACCAGUACAGCCACCACUGCUUCUGCCAGCAUGGGUGUCAACCAGACUGGCACGGUGCAGAGGGUGUGCUCCAACCCCCCCUGUGAGACCCACGAGACAGGCACCACCAGUACGGCCACCACUGCUUCUGCCAGCAUGGGUGCCAACCAGACUGGCACGGUGCAGAGGGUGUGCUCCAACCCCCCCUGUGAGACCCACGAGACAGGCACCACCAAUACGGCCACGACGGCCACCUCCAGCAUGGACGCUGGAGAAAGCACAGCUCAGCAGAGUAGCGGGACAGCAGAAGGAGAUGAUGGCUCCCAUCCUGAGUCGUCCUCCUCUCCUGCACUGCUCUCUGAAGCAGCCAGUUCUACGGUAUCUCAGAGCCGGGCCAUCACAACUGUCACUCAUGCCACUCCUGCACCCGGACCUUCAGUACCUACCAUCGCCUCCAUCACUGAGGCAUCCGGCAUUCCCUGUGAAGAGGCCUCGGGCGAGCUCGCCCCAGAGCAGCCCCAGGCCCUGAUGGCCGAGCAGGCCCAGGAGGGGUCCUUAGAGGCUGCCACCGCCGCCGUCCCAGAGGAGGAAGGGGAACCGAUGCAGACUGAGUGUCAGGCUGGGCUGGGUGAGGACGCCAUUGUCGGGGUGGUAUCCAUGGAAGAGGAGGCAGUGGGCGUGGCGGAGGCAGAGGCAGCCGCCGCGCUGCAAGCUGAAGUGGACCAGCUGCCGAUGGCCAUGGAGACGCAGCAGGGCCAGGAGGAGCAGGCCGAGCUGGAGCCAGCGGCUGAGGAGGCGGGAGCCUCUGCGGACCCGCAGACCCUGACCCUGCCCCAGGAGCUGAUGUCCGAAGGGCAGCCCACCACGCUGAUGGUGACGGGCCUCACCCCCGAGGAGCUAGCUGUGACGGCGGCCGCCGAAGCCGCUGCUCAGGCCGCAGCCACCGAGGAGGCCCAGGCGCUGGCCAUUCAGGCCGUUCUGCAGGCCGCGCAGCAGGCAGUCAUGAGUGAAGGAGAUUCCAGCCAUGACGGCCAGCAGACCACCACUAUCCCCAUUGUGCUGACACAGCAGGAGCUGGCUGCCCUGGUCCAGCAGCAGCAGCAGCUACAGGAGGCCCAGGCUCAGGCACAAGCACAGGCUCAGGCUCAGGCCCAAGCACAGGCCCUGGCUCAGGCUCAGGCUCAGGCCCAAGCACAGGCCCUGGCUCAGGCACAGGCUCAGGCCCAAGCACAGGCCCAUGCUCAGGUCCAAGCACAGGCCCAGGCCCAGGUCCAGGUCAUCGCAGUGAGCGCUCAUCAGCAGCAGCAGCUCAGUGUGCAAGCUGCUGCUCUGCCCACGGAGGGCCUGGCCCCAGCGGACAGCCUCAACGACCCGGCCUCUGAGAGCAAUGGGCACAGCGACAUGGCAGCUGCAGUCUCCAGCGCCGUGGCCCGGCUGCUGCCUUGCACUUCAGCUGAGAGUCUGGCCCCCUCAAGCACCUUUGCACCUUCACAACCCCUGGUUGUGGCCAGUCCGGCUAAGAUCCAGGCAGCGACUGCCCUGGCUGAGGUGGCCAAUGGCAUCGAGUCUGCAGCAGAGAAGCAGAGUCCCUCACCUGCCGUUGCGAAGGCCCCAGUGAAGAAGGAGAACCAGUGGUUCGAUGUUGGGAUUGUCAAGGUCACGAACAUGUUGGUCACCCACUACUUUGUGCCGGCAGACGAUGCACCUGCUACCGAUGAUGAUUCGGGAGCUGUCCCAGAUUACCUCCAAAUGAAGAAGGUAGAACUUCAGCCCGGCACCGCGUACAAGUUCCGCGUCUCGGGCAUCAACGCCUGUGGCCGCGGGGCCUUUUCUGAGAUUUCCGCCUUCAAGACCUGCCUGCCAGGCUUCCCAGGAGCACCCUGUGCCAUCAAGAUAAGCAAGAGCCCAGAUGGUGCUCACCUGACCUGGGAGCCCCCCUCGGUGACGUCAGGAAAGAUCAUCGAGUACUCGGUGUACUUGGCCAUCCAGAGCACGCAGGCUGGGGAGCCCAAGGCCUCGGCCCCAGCGCAGCUGGCGUUCAUGCGCGUUUACUGCGGUCCUAGCCCCGCAUGUCUCGUGCAGACGUCCAGCCUCUCCAACGCCCACAUCGACUACACCACCAAGCCGGCAAUCAUCUUCCGCAUUGCGGCACGCAACGAGAAGGGCUACGGCCCAGCCACGCAAGUCCGGUGGCUGCAAGAGUCCAGUAAAGAUGCCGCUUCUGCUAAACCUGCCACGAAAAGGCCAGUCUCGUCUGACAUGAAAGGUGCUGGUCCAAAGAAGGCCAGGUCAGACCAGUGAGCUCCCAUCCCCGUCCUCUUCUUCCUGACCAGUAAUAAGAUUGACGUCACCUUUUGAUCAUCCUGCACCAGGCCCCCUGCACCACACCCUUUACUGAAAUGAGACAAGACCACAUCACUGGGGUCAGACUACAGCAAAAAUAUUAAUUAAAAAAAAAAAAAAAAAAACAAUAAAAUCUUUGGGGAAAAAAGCGACCCAGACAAGCUCGGUGGUGCCAUGAACGCCUUAUCUCAAUCUGUGUAUAUAUUUUUUAUUCCAUUAUCGAUGCUCCUACUUGAGUGAAACAAAAGAAAAGCACAUUUACUUUUCUGCCUUUUUUUUUUCCCGCUGGCAUCCCGCUAAACCCGAAAACGCAGCAUUCAGGCAGGUAUUUAGUUGCUCUUUACCCAUUGUGUUGCCUCUCCUUCCUGCAUCUUUGUUUUAAAGAACAAACGAAUAGAAACAACCGUCUGUAGUCCGUUAGCCUUUUUUCAAAAGCCAAUUUUAACUGGGAGAUUGUGACUAAAGAUUUAAGGAGGAUGUGUGGGAUGUAACCUUCAAGCGGUAUAUAGAUAUAACAGAACACAGACAGCACUUGCUUCUCAAAGGCGAUGAAAGCUUCAUCUUGAAAGGAGACGCAGAUCGACGUGAACCCGGACUCUCAUCCACUCGCUCUUUUGCAUCACUGCGUGCUUGAACCUUACAGAAUGCAAAGCGCAGACUGGGGGCGAUCUUAAGACAUGGAGGGGAAAUGAACUGUGGUGCUGUUGAGGAGAUGGACUUGGUCUAUGCCUGGACCUACAGUGUGAAGCAAAUCUUGUAAAAAAACAAAAAAAAAAACAAAAAAAAUUAAAAAGAAAAAGAAUGGAAAAAAUCUAAAUUAGCAAGCAGUGAUGCAGAUGUUCUGCGUGUUUAUUUUUGUAUUUUUUUUAAGUACUUUUCUGUGUGCGUCUCAGAGAGCAGUUUUAAAUCCCAUCCUUUCUUUUACUGUUCUGUUCCCCAAUGGUCUAUAUACUCCGUGUGUGUAGGAGCUGACAAGGCUGAACUGAAGGAGUCACAAAAUUAUAUAUAUAUAUAUAAUAUACUUUUUUUUAAAUCCUGGUUUGAUCCAUUGUUAGUCUUGUAUACAAUGUAACGGGGCAUAUGUUUAAUUCAUUUCGAAGAGGGCAAAAGACACGGAUCUGAAAACCCAGAGGGAGAGACGAGAGUUCUUGUUUACUUUCAGAAUAUUGUAAAAGUAUUUGUGUGUAAACAAAUGACAUGAAAUGACUCUCGCAGGAAAAAUCAUACAUAUUUUUUCUUCCUUUCAUGCGGUUUCCCACUUUAUAAUGGCUUCAGGAGAGGAUUUUUUUUUUGGAUCUUUAAAAUUUUCUUAAUUUUUUGUCUCCUCCCAAAAUUCAUUAAAACAAUGACCUCUGGAAAUGCAGAAUGCAUGUAGGAGUUUCUCUUACAGGUAAAUAGAAAGGGUAAAGUUAAUCAAAAUGUUUCCAGAAAGAUUUUUUGGCAGUAUGAAAGAGGGGUUAAAAGAAGAUGAUUGACUUGGCCAGACUCUGGACUCGCUUGUAAAUUAGUUGCUUCAUAUAGCAAGGACAUUUUGGCUUUUUUAUAUACAGUUAUCUGUAAGACAUUUUUACAUGUUGGUCAUCUCGAUUGCUUUUGUCGACAUAAAAAGCAGAAAUGUAUUCUCACUCGGUUAUGCCUAUCAUUUCAGAAUUUUUUUUCUUUCCAGUGUAGGUCAAUGUGUUGAGAGGGCAGUUUUGUCAUGAAUUAAUUUUAUAAAAUAUCAGUAUUUGCUUUCACUGAUUUAUGGGUUUCUGCUAAAGUCAUUAAUAUAUAUAAUUUCUUGAUGGCUAAUUUGCAGUUUUCAAAUCCAGGAGCAGAGGAAAGGUGUUAUCUGUUAAUGCUUAUUGACAGUAAUUUAUCUUCAUCUAGAACUUCUCACCAUUGGCCAAUGAAAGUUAAUUCCACAGUUAGAAUCUACAUGUUCGUGUCCUUGUCUCUCAUCUCGUUUUUUUGUGUCAUUCCAGCUGAAAGUAGGGACUUGGGUUCAAGCAUAAAGUUAUGGUACCGGCACCUGAACAUUUCUGAUUAACUGAAGGAUGAAUAAAACCAUAAAUGUAGGCCCAUUUCGUUCCUGUGCUGUGCUACAGAAGUGUCCUUUUUCUCCGACUUUGAAUGGUCAGUGUUUUUGCAGCUUGUCAGUCGUCAGCUAUGUAAUCCCUGCCCUGUAGUGUACAUAAGUUAAGUUGGCAGAGAUGUUAUCAAAUGUCAAAAAAAAGUUUGGUUCUCGUGUGAAGGUAGUUUGUUUAAAAUGUGUCUGGUAUACGGAAUUUGUAUAAAUACAAUGGAUUAAUAAAAACAGCCAACACUGAA